AAAAAAGAUGUCUGGGGUAUCUCUGGCCGUGGGGGCAAGACCAGAUCAACCUACCGCCACGGCAGGCGAGUCAACUUCAUCCACAAAAUCCGGUCCGAAACAACCACCACCGUCUCAGCUGCAACAGCAAACGAUGAUGGGAGGGUUGAUGGGAUCUCUCCGAGUGAUCGAGCUCCAAUUGGUAGCCUUCAUCAUGGUCUUCUCCCUCAGCGGCCUUGUCCCCGUCCUGGACCUAGUCUUCCCGCUCUUCAUCUCCGCCUACCUAAUCGUCCUCUCCCGCCUCGUCUUCCCUUCCCCUCGCGGUCGAGGAGGAGCCACAUCCGAGAUCUUUCAGGGGAGCCGGCUGUUUCGCCUCUACGUCAUCCUGGGGACCGCGGUCGGGCUGUUCCUGCCCCUGGCUUACGUUCUCGGUGGGUUCGCCAGGGGAGACAACAGCGCGGUCCGGUCCGCCACCCCGCACCUGUUCCUGCUCUCUUGCCAGAUUCUCACCGAGAAUCUGGUGAGCGGGCUAUCCCUCUUCUCGCCGCCCAUCAGGGCCCUGGUGCCCCUGAUGUACACGGUGAGGAGGGUGUUUGUGAUCCUGGACUGGACGCAGGAUGUCUGGUUCCAGAAGACUCUGGCGCCCAACGCCGACAUCGCGGAGGUGGGUUGGUAUUGGUUUGGGAAGGGCUUAGCGGCAGCCAAUCUGUCAUACUUCUCAAUCAACCUGCUCUGCUUUCUGAUCCCGAGGUUUCUGCCUCGAGCAUUCGAGAAGUACUUCAAUGACAGGGACAACGGCGAAGAGAUGCACUCCAAGAUGGCCGAGGAUAAGCGUUCUGCUGCUGCAAAAUCGCAACAGCCGGAGAAGAAAUCCGAUUGAGAGAAGAAAAAAAAAAAAGUCACAUAUAUGUAUUUUCCCCUCUGUUCAGUUAAAUUUAGCUUUGAUUUCUUUAAUCGGUUGACAUAUACCUAGAGAAAGAACGUUUCUUGUUUUACUCUUUUGGGACAUAUGAAUAUGUGAAACACCCUCGUUUCAGUUUCUUAUCAAAAUUUUGUCUCCUUUGCAUGUUUUAUUUUUCCUGCAUUUGCAUAAUGUUUGAUUGUUCAUAUGAA